CUUUAGGCCACUAAAAGACAAGCAAAAGAAGCCCCUUCCGAAGCGUGUAGUUGCCAUGGGAACCACGGGGCCAGUGAUUACAUUUUUAUGAAGUGUUGAAGCCCCAAUGGAAGACACUAAGUAUAUCUCAUUGAUAAAGAAGGAGGAGGAGGAGGAGGAGGAGGAAGGGGAAGUAUACAUGCCUUCAAAGAUUUUGCAUCCUCAAGUUGUGGCAGUGACAGGAGCUCCUCCUUCUGGUGUUAAUGUUCCUGAUGAACCUGAAGCAACACUCCCACCUGGAGAAUUACCAGUCAUCCAGGAAAUAAUUGAUACACUCCCUCUUCUGGAUAUUCUCAGGAUUUCUGCAGUUCUGGAGGAUACCCUGGACCAGCUUUCAAUCCUAAACUAUAUCAUGCCAGUUCCAUUUGAAAGGAAGACAGAUAGUACCCGUAAAUCAAGCAAAGAAAUGAAUGUGGUCAUACAACGCCUAGAACGAUUGCAAACAUGUAUCUUGAAACAGAGAAAAUCUGGCUCAGUGGCAGAAUCAGGAGGAAGCAAGUUGAUACAUCAAGUCCUGCCUGAAAAACAUGAAGAUAAAAUGGAAGAUUUCAUUUCUAAAAGACCUGUAAGACAAACCGUCCUAACUUUAGAAAAUCUUGGGAAAGUUCAGAUUGAUAGAGAUUAUGCCAGCAAAAUACUUAAGGAAACUGUAAAUGAGAUGCAGGAAUUGGGAACAUUCACCAGUCUUCUGAAAGCUUUGGACAAAGAGAAGGAAAAAAAAGCAAAUUUCUGUAAAGCCAUUGCCAGGGAGGAAAACAUGAAAAAACAGAUAAAAUCUCUCCAGAAAGAGCUUCAGGACAUCAAAAACCAGCGGCAAGUGGAAGCACAGGGUCAGAAUGAAUACAUCGCAAAUCUCAAGGACCAGCUGCAAGAGUUGAAGGCAAAGACUAAUAUGGAGAGCCGAUAUGUGAAGAAAAACACUGACCUGCAGAUUGCUCAGACCCAGAAAAAAUGCAACAAAAAUGAAGAGGUCUUGCUGGAAGAAAUUGAUAAACUGAGACUUAAAAUUGAGGAAGAGGUUCGGGUCCACCUAGAAAUUGAAAGCUUCCUCAAGAAAGAACAACAGAAACUGGAAGAGAAGUUAGAGUACUGGAUGGAGAAGUAUGAUAAAGACACAGAAAUGAAACAGAAUGAACUGAAUAGUCUUAAGUCUGCAAAGGCCAGUGACUUGGCAACCUUGCAGGAUCUUGCCAAACAGUUAAGGGAGUUCGAGCAAGUCAUUAUUGAAGAUCGUCUAGAAAAGGAGAAGGCCAGGAAGAAGAUAGACCAGGAUGCCCUGGAACUGAAGAGCAUCAUAAAGCUUCAGGCCUGGUGGAGAGGGACCAUGGUACGGAGAGAACUGGGCAAUUUCAAGAUGCCUAAGAAGGAGAAAGACAACGGCAAGGGGGCGAAAGGCAAAGGGAAGAAGCAACGACAGAAGAGAAGAUGACGGUGCUUCUUCUGGCUCCUUUUCUUUUCUUCUUUCAGGGGGUUAGAAAGUAGAGAGGAGGAAUUACAAGGGGUGAACACCUCACCAGCUGGAUGUUAUUUCUUAUCUAAAUAACGUCCUGGGGAGGGCCAGGACCAGACCCAGGUCCUUGAUGAUUUCACGUUGUUCUUUUGAAAUUAAGUCCUGAAACAAGAUGCUUUAUUUUAGGACAAAGUUUGGAUUUCUCUGUCGAUUUAGUGCCUUAUAUAGUCUGACCCUGUAUUGAGAAGGACCUUUUCCAGGGGCUCUAGGAAGACUUCUCUCUCUUUUGACACCAGUACAGCUAGAACAAACAAUUUCUGUGCCCAUUUACAGCAAAAUUGUUUGAUGAAGAUAAAAGUACUGGAGUUAA